AAAGAUAUUCUUCAUAUCUUUAUAAGUAUUCUAUGCCAUAGAAUAGACAUAAGAAAUUGUAUUCUGGAGUCAAGUGUUUAAAUGUUGAAAAUGCAUAAAUCGGUAAUGAAUUUGUCAAUCGUUGUGUUAGUUGUAGUGACCCUUUGGUCGGACAGUGUGGACGCGGCCGCCAAGAAGUGUGUGAUGAGUGAGUCGGACGCCGAGGCCUGUGGCGCACAGAUGUUGAUACUGAACGAGAAUAUGACGAUUCCUAAGUCAGAGGCAGAGAUACUGGAGAAGUGCACAAACAUUGAGAAAGGCAUUGAAUGUUAUAAAGAAUACGCCAAAACAUGUUUGGAUCCCAUGGCCUCACGGGUCAUGUCAAUGGUUAGCCGCAAUGGCAAGAAGUUGGCUGAUAGGCUCUGUAAGGAAGAGUCCUCCAGAACAGAACUUUUAAAUCAUUUCAAUUGCUGGAAGAGUUCAGAGGAUUUGCAAAAAAUGAGUAUUUGUUUGGAUAAAUAUAUGAUACAAAUGCAGGGCUUGGCUAAUGUGAGCAAUGAUGAUAGGAUUCCCACCGUUUGCUGUUCCUAUCAUAUGCUGAAGGCCUGUAUGAAGAGUCAGGGAGAGAAGACAUGCAAUAAACCAGAAUCCGUGGCAUUUAUCGACAAUAUGGCCACUGGUAUAACGGGUGAUUUAGUGAAGUUUGUUUGCGGCAAAUUCAAGAGUUUGGAGGAUUGUGACACCAAAAUGGACACCAAUUCGUGGCAAAAGCUUAAGGAACUGGUGGCUAGCGAUGACCCGCAAGUGAUUAAGGCUAUGAAGAAGUAUCAGAGUCCUUUUGCUGCACUUAAAGAUAUGUUAAAGAAAAUUAAGAAUUAAAGUCUAAUUAAUGUUUAUUCAGGAUUUUUGUUACACUUAUCAUAUUUGUUUACAAAC